ACACUGGAAGGCCGCCGGAAACAAAGACGAACCACUUCCGGGUGAAUGUUGUGGGUCAAACCGAUCAAAGACAACUGUCCCUGCCUUAAAUCGUUUCUCUGGUUAAUUUGCUGUGACCUGACUUUAAGUUUCAUGUCCUCGUCUAAUAUCCUUUAACCGGAUCUCAGUCACGAGCUUUUCGUUUUUGGUCCCGCAUCGACCCUCCUCGAUGGCCUCCAGGCGGCCGGACAGCUUUGACGGGCUCGGAUACCGCGGCCGUGACGAUCCGUUGUAUGGAGCAAGCUACCCGGUCAGGAGCGCUGGAGCAUCCGCGGAGUUGCAGCACCACCACUGGGUUACCACACCGCCUGACAUUCCCGGCAGUCGCAAUCUGCACCCCGGAGAGCGCACGCCGCAGUACGACGAGCCGUUGGGAGAGCCUGGAGGUUCCGGCUGGGACGCACCGCAGCCAGGCGUACCGCCUGCCGAGCAGCUGAAUCGAUUUGCCGGUUUUGGAAUUGGACUUGUUAGCCUGUUCACUGAGAACGUCCUUGUUCACCCAUGCGUCGUCUUCCGCAGACAGUGCCAGGUGAACUACCACGCCCGCUGUUACCACCUGACUCCAUUCAGUGCUGUCGGUGUCAUGUACACCAUCACCAAGGCUCAGGGUCCGAAGGCUCUGUGGAAGGGGAUGGGAAGCACCUUCAUUGUUCAUGGUGUCACGCUGGGAGCCGAGGGUAUCAUCAGCGAGUUCACACCAUUACCACGGGAGCUUCCUCACAGGUGGAGCUGGAAACAACUGGCUGGACAUUUGGUGCUUAAAGGAUUAACAGCUGUGGUGGCUCUUCCAUUUUACUGUGCCAGCCUCAUCGAAACCGUCCAGAGUGACAUUGUUCGAGAUGACUCGUCCUCUGGACUGCUGGACUGUGUCCGUGAAGGUUUGGCUCGGUUGUUGGGUGUUGGUGCUCCUCACAGUCACCGUCUGCUUCCUCUCAGCUCUCUGUUGCUUCCUGCUGCGCUGCACGCGGUCCUGCGAUACGCCAUCGCUGCCUCCAUCCAGCGGGCGACACUGUGGCUGCACCAACGAAGCAGGAAGAGGGGUCCUGAUCCCUCCAACCCACUGGACGCCUACUUCCCUGAGCUGGUGGCGGCAUGGGCAGGCUCUCUGGUGGCCGACAUCAUGGUGUUUCCUCUGGAGACGAUGCUGCAUCGCCUCAGCCUGCAGGGCACGCGAACCAUCAUUGACGCCACUGACGGCAUCAUGGCCACAGGAAAUGGCAGCACCCCUCUUGUGCUUCCUGUCAACACACAGUACGAUGGCAUCUCUGACUGCCUCCAGGCCAUCGACCGCAAGGAAGGGCCAGCUGGGUUUUAUCGAGGGUUUGGUGCCCUGGUGGCACAGUACACGCUGCACGGGGCGCUUCUGGCUGCAGCCAAGACACUGCUGAGACUACUGUUGCUGGACAGGAAGCACAGUUAGAGGUGUUACCAUAGAGAUGCAGCAUCAUUUUCUGUGGAGAGCUGGAGUAUUACUGCCACAGCAAGAGAAAACAUAAAGCUGUGGCACAAUGUUACUACAGGAAACAGUUUGGUAACUAAUAACAAUAAAACUGAGCAAACGUUUUGUCUUAUUGGCAGUGAUAUGAAGCAUACAGGUGUUAAAAAUACCUAAAUGAAAUGGAUAUAAAAAGACUACUAAUUUGAAAAGUCUUGAAUUUGUCAGAAAGUAAAAAUUUAAACCAAAACAUUUAUUGGCUAGGCCAAGAAGUGGUCAUGUGACUCUUCAUGUGUCUAAAGGAGCUAUUCGACAUUUUUAUACUUUGUUCUGUUUCACUAGAGUCAGAACAGUUUCACUAUAAAGUAGUGAAUACAAACAUAAAUCCACCUGUAACACAGUUUCAGUCCUGUAAACCAGGCUUAUCCCACAGACUGGGAGCAAGGGGAACUGUUAGCUUAGCUUAACCGCAGACUGGGAGCAGGGGGAACCGUUAGCUUAGCUUAGCCCGCAGACUGGGAGCAGGGGAAAACCGUUAGCUUAGCUUGGCCCGCAGACUGGGAGCAGGGGGAACCGUUAGCCUAGCUCAUCCUAAAGAAUAACAACAUCUCCAGAUCGGAUGCUGACAUCUGCACACCUCCUGCCCUGCAUGAACUCACGCGCCUGUGUAAAAAUGCAGUGUUUAAAUACUGACAACUGAUUGGUCACCUGCAUUCCAGCAGUAUCUACCUGCUGCAGUGAAUGAAUCUGUGAAUAGUAGUAAUAAACAUGAAACAGCACGGUGAAUUUAAAAAGCUUGUUUAUUUGUAUAAAGUUGUAAAAAUGAGAGACUGGGUAGAUUUAGAUAAAAUUAUUUAUGAUUCAUAUUCAAUAUUCAAGUCAGAUAGGUGAAGGAUAAAUAAAAUGGUUAAAAUUAUAAAUCAGUUAAAAUAAAAUAAAAACAAAGUUUCCAAGAGUACCUGCAAAAUGGAAACAUUUUGAGAAAGCAAAGCUAUUGAAAUGUUUUUUAUUCAUGACAAAUCUUGUGUUUGCACUUGUUCAUAUUUUGACAUUUUGUUGUAAAAGUCAUGUUUAAACUUG